CACGUUUCGUAGUAUAGGGAGAAAUUAUUGUAUAUACGGUACUAGCGUAGUAAUUUUAUAAGUUUAAGUCACUAGGUAUAAGACACGUGACUAAUUUUAUAGCGGGAAAUUUUUUCCCUGAUAUUAUCACUUUCUAGCCCGCCGCAGACAGGGCAACAUUCAAGUAUGGACACCGGAAUAUCUAGUUCAAUUAAAGACGCCAUUUCGCAUGAAGUGAAGAAUGCCGUUUCUAACCUUCAACAAGACAUAUUGAAUAGCAUUUCUACUAUCAUGGAUUCCAGAUUAUCGUCUUUCCAAUCCAACAUAAGACAAUCUCAACAGGAUAUUUCACAGUCUCAAAUGUACAAAAUCGAGCAGACCGUUACUGACAAUUACUCAUUCAAGAGAAAAGGCAAUGAGAACCAGUUUAAACAUGAAUCCAGGGUACUUUCCAAGCUGAAAGAAGCAGACGUGAACUUAGAAGGGCCAGAUUUGAGCGUCGAUUCCGUACAAACAGCUAAAGCAAAGAUAGUAGAAGGUAUGGAAUUAGUUAAAGAAAGACAAAAACUGAUUAAAAUGGCAGAUUCCUCGGAACUGGGUUGGAAGGUUGUGAGUGAAUAUGUGACAAAUCCUAUCGCCGACGAUUCGGAAGAUGAGAAGAAAAUAAUCAGGGCACAAAACAGAGCAGAAAGAAAACAGGAAGCAGAGAAAUCUAAGAAAAUUGUCCCAAGAAAAGCACCAUACACAAGAGAGAAGGCAGAGAAUACCAACCCUUCUUGGAAACCUGGCAGAUGCUUCAACUGUGGAUUGAGAGGCCAUUGGACGGACAAUUGUCCGGAUAAGAAGAAGAUAAGUACUUUUAAAACUUUAUUUAAUUUGCCAAUCUUGACUAAUAGUAUUUGUUCAAAUUUAAAUGAUACUGAACAUAGUUCAAUAGAAACUGAUGGUCACAUGACAGUUUAUUGCAAUAAUAAGGUCAGUUUUAAAUCGCCGUUAAAUGUCACGGUUGGUCAGCCUUCAGGUAUUUUCUCACCUGUUGGUCAGUUAAAAUCUAAAUUACCUGAAUGGAAAUCAAUUACAAGCAAUACACAUAUUUUGGAUGUUAUCGAAAACGGAUAUAAGAUACCUUUCAAGACAGAACCAAAAUCAGAAUUGUUGAAGAAUAACAGAUCUUCCUUCACUUGA